AGAUGAAUGUGUGCUGCACAGUGGAAGCGUUCCCAAAAUGUUCAGCCAAUCACAUAAACCUAUUUUACAUCCUGUCCAAUCGGCUUUACGAAUGGUGAAGAACAACGACGGCAAUCACAAAGGAGUCCAAGGACUAAGGCCAGUUCAACUAGAACCCACCCAAACAGGUCCACCUCCACCACCUGACCAUGAGAGGCCCAACAUAAACCCACCAGAAUAUUCCUCAGAAGAAUGGACUGUGCACUGGCUCCUGUCCAUGGAGGGCAACCAGCAGCACAAAACAUCACAGGUUGGCCCAGAUUCAGCAGAGGUUGCUGAGCAACCAUCCCAACCCCAGAGCCAGGGUAUAGACUGCUACAUACCAGGAGAAAUGGAUAUCUCACCAUCACAUGAAUUGGAUCACCCUCUUUCAAGCAUGAUGUUUGUUGAUGAAGAGGCAGAGCAAUUACAUGAUGACAUCACCACAUAUCCUCGAGUGUAUUUGUCAAUGGCCAUGUCAGAGUCCAUUGUUCCCCCUGAAGUGAGACCCAAACCUGCUGUCCCUGCCAAGCCCCCUCAUGUGGCAGCACCAUCCCCCACAGCACCCCAUGGACCAUCAGGGCUAGGUGGCGGGGUCGGGGUUGAUCGAGCUCCAGGGUUGGGACACUCUGGCGGUGGAUCCACGUUGCUGGGAUACAUUGGGAUUGACACCAUCAUCGAGCAGAUGAGGAAGAAGACCAUGAAGGCUGGUUUCGACUUCAAUAUUAUGAUAGUGGGUCACAGCGGGCUGGGGAAGUCAACGCUGGUGAACACGCUGUUCAAGUCCCAGGUCAGCAGGUGGAGCUCAGGAUGGGGCAGCGAGCAUAAGAUCCCCAAGACAGUGGAGAUCAAGGCUGUGUCCCACGUGAUCGAGGAGGGCGGAGUGAAGAUGAAGUUGACAGUAAUCGACACACCGGGUUUUGGUGAUCAGAUCAACAAUGAAAACUGCUGGGAUCCCAUCUCCAAGUACAUCAACGAACAGUAUGAGAAGUUCCUGAAGGAAGAGGUCAAUAUUGCUCGAAAGAAGCGAAUCCCUGACACCAGAGUUCACUGCUGCCUCUACUUUAUCUCCCCAACGGGACACUCUCUUCGACAGCUAGACAUUGAGUUUAUGAAGCACCUAAGUCGUGUGGUGAACAUCAUCCCCGUCAUUGCCAAGUCUGACACCAUGACCCCUGACGAGAAGAAUGAGUUCAAACACAGGGUGAGGAAGGAGCUGGAGACGCAUGGGAUUGAGUACUACCCGCAGAAUGAGUUUGAUGAUGACAUGGAGGAUAAGAAUGAAAAUGACAAGAUUAGGGAGGCCAUGCCCUUUGCAGUGGUGGGCAGCGACAAGGAGUUCCAAGUGAACGGCAAAAGGGUUCUGGGGAGGAAGACAGCCUGGGGUGUGGUAGAAGUUGAAAAUCCCAAUCACUGCGAAUUUGCUCUGCUACGAGAUUUCCUCAUCAGGUCUCACCUCCAGGACCUGAAGGAAGUCACCCACAACAUCCACUAUGAAACCUACCGCGCCAGGAGACUCAACGACAAUGGAGGUCUGCACCCCAUCUCGGCCAACAACACUCAGGAGAGCAACCUUUAAAUUUAGAACUAGGGAUUAAGGAAAGAGAGAGAUAAACAGAGAGAUCAAAAGAUAUUGAUCGACAAAUCUAUGUUGUGAUAUGAGCAUCACUGCAUGCUUUGGAGAACAUUAUAGAUGUGGAAUUCAUUGUCACUCAAAAUAUCAUGUUAGGAGAGCUUUCAUUCCAAAACACGUCCUACGUCUCCCUUUCCUCCGCCAGUCGUCCUAAACCACCCACACUCACACCCCAGUUACACCUGAGAUUAACCUUUGAUCCUGCAAUCCAAAACAAGGCCAACCCCAGUGUUUUUGUUAUAAUGUAGAUGUGUAGAUGUAUGCCCCAGGAAGAACCCAUCCGCCGCCCCCCGCAGGAAGACCCCAUCCGCCACCCCCAGCUAAACCUGCAACCCAAAGAAUUUUGGGUUUGAAGGGAAUGAAUCAAAUGAAGUACUUCAAAUUCGAGGGAAUUCCCUUUAUUCAUAAAAAAUGGAUUUCCUAUUUCCGCUCACCUUGUGCUCUACUCAUCCUUGCCCUGUAAGUAUACAGUAUGUUAUGUAGCUGCCACCAUAAGAAUUGAUUUUGUGCUGAAAUACUUUAUGAUGGAGCAGGUAAAUGAGCACCUCAACUUCCACGGAAGCAUUGUGACGUAAAUAUAAAUUGACAAAGGGCUUUAUUUAUUUACAAUAUAGGUAUUUUGUCACAUUAUCUUUAAAUUGCACAAAAUAUAGAAAUCACAGUCUGAAAUGUUCUUUGCCAUGCACAACUUUUGUGGGCUUUUUUGAAAGCUCUGAUGUCAAAGUGAUGUGCCAAUUCCCUUUAACUCUUUAAUGCCGGCUUUCCUUCUCUCUGCCACACGAGGGCAGCGCUUCCCUGCGCAUACUCACCCUGUGACAGGAAUGGUUUACUCAUAGACUUAGAUAGAUGUCUCUUUUUAGUCGUGUAUCUAUCUCCAUAAUUUACUUCCCUCCCUCCUAUUCACUCCCUCCACUUCAUCUGGUGACCCAUGCCCAGUGCAUGUUUACAAGAAGUCCUCCAUUACCAGAGUAAUCAUUCCAAACCGAUCAGUUAUGACAUGGUAAUGUUUACCAAGGUUUCUUAUGGAAAUCACCCUUCGAUAGAGCACAGAUAUUCCAGAAGUAGCCUACAAGCAAUUAAGUUUCACUAUAUUUAUCAAACAAUUCACUUUUGAUCUAAACUGGGUUUCCCCGCAACAUUUUUAUACAAUCAUACAGCGUGUGUGUGUUUGUAUGUGUGUGUGUGUGAGAAGUGACUCAAUUUGGUGUCUAACGUUUGGAAAUGUGUAGUUGUAUAU